ACAAGAAUUUCAUUGCAUAGCAGAACUGCCUGUUUUACUGUGCAUAUGACAAUAAAACUCUUGAGUCUUGAAUUAUGGAUCCGAUGAAAUUGACUGCGGAUGUGAGUGAAAUUGUGAAAUUAUUAAUGUAACUCCAUCAGACUGUAUAGCUUUUUCAUCUUAUAGGUGUUAUAUUUAUACUAUUUAAUGAUUGCAACAUCAUCUAAAAUCACAAUUUACAAUUAGGGAUGUCCCGAUCCACAUUUUUUGGCUUCCGAGCCCAUAAAUGUUUUGUUUAUAAUAAGCUUUUGUUACAAACAUGAAUUUUCGGAAAUGGUUAUGAAAAUAGGUCUUCAAAGCAUUAAAAAUAAUGCAACCAAAGUAUUGCUGAAUGUACUUUUUUAUGACACAGCAUGACUAACAAUAUUGUUUGGCUUUUGUAACAAACCUCUGUGAGUCAGGUCCCUAAUCCAAUGAAAGAUCCAAUAAAAGUGGCAACCAGCUUUGAGGCGCAUUACCGCACCUACUGUGUUGGAGUGUGGCCCACUUGCGAAUGUGAUACGGCAACCGGAUCAGCCCAAUCUCGUGGUGGAAGCCAGUAUUAUCAAAUUUUUAAAUACAGUGGAUCGGCAGCCGAUCCCGAUCCUGAAGAUCGGAUCGGGAUAUCCCUAUCUACAUUGAUUGAAAUGUGAUCACAAAUGUUUAAAUAAUGACAGUUGGGCUAGUUGAGUGUGAUUUUUAUGGUGACUGCUGGCUGAGAUGGGGGAUGAGAUUAAAUGGCCUGGUCUGGAGUAGGCUAGCGCCACUUAUGUCAUAACGUUUCCACUCUCCCACUUGUGCAACUGGAUCGUGGAUAAAUUGAGCCAGGAUAAGAUAUCCCGGGUUAAUCCAAUAUACCUGUACAGCCUAGCAAUGUGAAACGGGCUGCUGUCUUACCAGUUUCUACCAGCAGGGUACUGAAGAGUCCCACUUUUUACAAACGUCACCAUUAUCGUCAGUUCCAAACCUGGUAGGUCAUGCAAUAAAAAAUUCCAACCCUUUGACUGUUUUGCUUUAUUAUGAGAAAAUCGGAGAUCAAAAAUGGUUAAUUAAAAAAAUAAAGCUGAAUUACAAUAGUUUGUAAAAAAAAAAAAAAAAAAAAGAAUAUAUAUUUUUCAAUGGGACUGGUCAGACUUUUAUUUUGGUAGAGCAACUCGCAUCACAUGUCCACAGUUCAACCAAUAGCAACACAGAAUUGUGUAGUUUGCGGAAGUUACCCAUGAGCGUGUCUUCUUUUGUACGCCGCGACUUUUUUUAUUUCAUAAUUAUAACCCAGAUUAAGAGACGCUAGCUAUAUAGUUGGGUUAUUUAUUGUCCAUUAUAUAACUCGCUAUAAUACCUACCGGACCAGUAAUGUCCAAAUCGAAAUCAUCACGGCACCCAAAAGAAAAAGAGUCCAAACAGUUGCCAAUUUACCAGCAUAAAGCCAAACUGGUCCAGGCUGUGAAAGAUAGCACUUUCUUGGUGGUGACAGGUGAGACGGGCAGCGGGAAAACGACACAGCUUCCACAAUAUUUACACGAAGCAGGUUUUUGUAAAAAUGGCAAAAUUUGCAUCACCCAGCCGCGCCGAGUUGCUGCCAUCACGGUGGCUCAGAGGGUUGCCCAGGAGAUGCAGUGCACUCUGGGUAAACAGGUGGGAUACCAGGUGCGCUUUGACGACUGCACGUCACAGGACACGCAGGUGAAAUACAUGACGGAUGGCUGUUUGCUCAGAGAGGUCCUGGCAGACCCAGGACUGGCUCAGUAUGGCGUUGUAGUCUUGGAUGAGGUCCAUGAGCGAAGCCUCAACACAGAUAUCCUCUUGGGCUUGCUGAAGAAAGUCUUCUCUGAUCCCGCUGAGGCAACAAAGGGACGCUCUUUUCCACUGAAGGUGGUGGUGAUGUCGGCUACCUUGGAAACGGACAAACUUUCCGCCUUUCUGGGAGGCUGUCCUGUAUUCACGAUACCCGGGAGGACCUUUCCUGUCACGUGCACAUUUGGCAACGCUGUAGGACCUCAGGACUUGGAGAAUAUGGGUUAUGUGAAAGAGGUCACGUCUGUGGCCCUGGAUGUCCAUACCAGUGAGAUGUCAGGAGAUAUUCUGGUGUUUUUAACAGGUCAGUCAGAAAUCGAACGCGCCUGCGAUUUGCUGUUUGAGAAAGCCGAGUCUAUAGACUACCGCUACGAUGUACAGGAUAAAACAGUGGAGGGGCUCCUUAUUUUACCCCUCUAUGGUUCCAUGCCUACUGAUCAACAGCGGCAGAUCUUUCAGCCGCCUCCUCCCGGAAUAAGGAAGUGCGUUGUGGCCACAAAUAUCGCUGCGACAUCUCUCACCAUCGACGGCAUUAAGUACAUCAUCGACAGCGGCUUUGUCAAACAACUCAACCACAACUCCAGGGUGGGCAUGGACAUUUUGGAAGUGGUGCCCAUUUCUAAGAGUGAGGCCCAGCAGAGAGCGGGCCGAGCUGGAAGAACGUCAGCGGGGAAGUGUUUCCGCAUCUACACUAAGGAAUUCUGGGAGGAGUGCAUGUCGGAAUAUACGGUUCCAGAGAUCCAGAGGACAAGUCUGACGGCAGUGAUCCUCACGCUCAAGUGCCUGGGUGUUCAUGAUGUCAUUCGGUUCCCCUACCUGGACCCUCCAGAGGAGAGGUUUAUCCUCGAGGCAUUGAAACAGCUCUAUCAGUUUGAUGCUAUUGACAGGAGGGGUCGAGUGACUCGCCUGGGGGAGCUGAUGGUGGAGUUCCCUCUGCACCCGGGCCUCACCAGGGCUUUGCUCAAAGCCGCUUCGCUCGGCUGCCAGGAUCUGCUGCUUCCAGUGGCCGCCAUGCUGUCUGUGGAGAAUAUCUUCAUACGGCCAGGCCACCCUGAGAAGCAGAAAGAGGCCGAUCAGAGUCACAGGGCACUGGCAGCCAAGAGCGGCGGAAUGAACGACUUUGCCACGCUUCUCGCCGUCUUCCAGCUGUGUCAAUCCAGUGAAAGACCUUCUGCGUGGUGCAAGGACAAUUGGAUCCACUGGAGGGCGCUCAAAUCUGCAUUUAGCGUGGAGACUCAGCUGCGUGACAUCCUCCACCGCCUGCAACAAAGGAGAGACUUCCCCGUGGAGAAGUUUGACGGAAGUAAAAAGGAACUUUUUAGACGCUGCCUGUGCACAGGAUACUUCACCAACGUUGCCAGGAGAUCUGUUGGGAAGGUAUUUUGCACAAUGGAUGGCCACGGAUCCAUGGUUCACAUCCAUCCGUCGUCGUCGCUGUUUGAGCAGGAGAUGGAGCUGGACUGGAUUCUCUUCCACGAUGUGCUGGUGACAUCGCGGGUCUACGUCAGGACAGUGUGUCCCAUCAGAUAUGAGUGGGUGAAGGAGCUACUGCCCAAACUGCACGAGGUGGACGUCUACGAGCUGAGUAGUGUGGCAAGACAAGAAGUAACAGAGGAGGAGAUGAUCAAGUGGGAGAGCAGGGAGGCGGCGAAAAGACAACCAGAAAUUUCUACUGAGGAUGUCUUCAAGAAACUGGAGAAGCGAAAUAAUGAAAGAACUGUCAGUGACGCUCGCAUUCGCUACCUGCAGCGCAAGCAACAAAGACAAAACAGUAAAGCGCCCUGACAGUGGAAAAUAACAAAUUUUUAAAAUAUAUGCCUUGACAAUAAACAUUUUGAUACAUUUUUUAAAAAUCACAUUAUGUUCAGCAGUGCUCAUGAAGGCUGUAUGGUAGGUAUAGGCAGCAGAGGCUCAUGAAGUUGAGCAGGUCGAAGGUUGGCGCCACCCACCCAGUCACUGUCGUCGUGUCCCUGGGCAAGACACUUCACCCGCCUUGCCUCCAGUGCUGCCCAAGCUGGUGUAUGAAUGGAAAGAAAGUUUGGUGCGAAUUGGCAGCCACGUUUCCUGUCAGGCUACCCCAGGGCAGCUGUGAUUACAGAUGUAGUUUACCACCAGUGUGUGACGGAGGAGUGAAUGAAUAAUGUGUUCACUUCAUUGUGAAGUGCUUUGGGUGCCUUGAAAAGCGCUGUAAAAUCUCAUCCAUUAUUAUUUUUAUUAUAGGCAAUCUCUUGAUGUAGUUUGAGCUAACUCCACAAGAUGGCAGUAGCUGCAUUUGCAGUAUCACGAGUGGUCAGCAUCCAGCAACUGCAGUUGAAAACGUUGGUUGUGCCGCUCAGUUGGUGUAAAAGUCAUGCUUGUUACUUGUCCUACUGUUGUUUGCAAUGAGCUCAUCAGCGAUAUUAAUGCUGGCUGAGCUGUUUGCUCCUUAUCGCUCUUACAACAUUGGUUCUGCUGCUGCUGUGAUGAUAAAUAUGAGUGUUCAAAUUAUGCAAAAUAGCUUCUCUCCAAUUAUUGCCUGUUUCCAAUUAAUGCCCAGUACUUUU